CUUAUAAAUACAUGCAUGCUCGUAAUUAAAGAGUAACAAACAAGUAGCACCCAAUUAUCUCAAAGAAAUUCUAACGCGAAAACCUUUUAGAAAUAAAAAGUGGGCAACCUGAGAAUUAAUUCAGCACACAAAAUAAAAAAAAAUGGCAGGAUUGAAGUCAACAAUGGUUGUGUUAGUGAUGAUCAUGGCUGCCUCACUCCAACUGCAGUUCACAGUUGCAAAAACAAGCCACGUUGUGGGAGACUCAUUGGGCUGGACUAUACCUCCAGGUGGAGACGCCACUUACACCAAAUGGGCUUCUAGACGUAAUUUCACCGUGGGCGACACUCUUAUUUUUAAGUUUCCGACUGGAUUACAUAAUGUUGCAGAAGUUCCACGGGCAGCUUAUGGCCCAUGCAACUACAUCAACACUCUCUCAAUCCAUCCAACUGGUCCUGCAACCAUUACCUUGACCCGGCCCGGUAAGCACUACUACAUCUGUGCCGUUUUGGGUCAUUGCCAAGUUGGUCAGAAAUUAACUAUUAAUGUUUCCCCUUCGAAGAGAAGUACUCCCAAAUCAAGACCAUGAUCUCCACUUUUGAGAGUUGCUUAAGAAAAUUUUCUAUGGUCUUUCCUUUCUUUGUCUAUUAAUUCCUGUUGUGUUACUUAUUGGUUUGUUGUUAUCUUUCCUUUAUUUUGGGGUUGUUAUAAUCUGUCAAUGGUUGUUAUUUUAUCGGUGAGCCUGAUUAUAUAUAAUUGGGUGAGUAUGUAAAGUUUUAGUAUGGGCUAAAAUAUGUGGUUAGCAAGUGUUAGAUGGGAAAUAAAAACGUUACUGUAAAAAUAUGUUUAUCCGCUGUAAAAUGAUGAAUUGUUAUAGUCAUGGGAUUUAA